CUAAAUGUGCGCCUUAAUUUCUAUACAGAAUUCUGAAGAUUUCGUUUGAUGCCAUUGAUUAAAACUAAUAUUUUUCCACCCUCAAUCAACGCCCGACAAAGUUUUAGAAUCUGUAAAAAAUCCUUUCACCGAAAGCAGUAAUUAUUUAUUGUCAAUAAAAUUAAUCUUUUUUUCAAACAAUGUUAAAUUACUGGUGAAUCUAAAUCUUUAUUAUAUACAGUAAUGCCAAGGGUCUAAAUAUUUUUAAUUAUUUCAUGUUAUUCCAUAUCUAAGAGUUGAAAAAAGCACUAAAAGAGCACUAGGGACUAAACCACUCUCUUGGCGUUUGCAACUAUUGUAUACCAACAGUGAACUUGCCGAUAAUAAACAACAAAGUCUCCCUCCGUUGAACACGUUCCAUAAUAUGGAAUAUAUGGAAUCCAUAUAAGUAUGUAUACCAUAAACUAUAUAUAUACUUAAGUAUAAUGCUCAUGCAAGAGUUUACAUUUGAGUCAUGCAAGUAGCGCUACCCAAACACCAAGCCACCAAUACUAAGCCAACUAUUGUCGCUCAUAUGAUUUGAGAACACACGAAAGAUCCGUUAGCGCGCUUCACUCGAACGAAGGCGAAAUCAGAGCAGCGCUUUAGUUCUAAUCGGUAGUUCUUACACAAUAGUUUGGAAAGCGACGUCUUUCUGAAUAAAGUGUGUAGAAAAAGCUAUAAAAAAUUGUGAUCUGAAUAUGGCCACUAAUAAGCAUCCGUAUGCUGGCAUAAUUGAAUUGCCAUGCGAAAUGAGCAAUGCGUCGGCACCGCCACCAGCCUACAUGCAAACUGACCAUGUAACUUCAGCGCAGCCGAGCAGCAGCGGUGUACAGAUGACAGGUGAGCCUCAGAUGCCUAACUUUUCGACUAUACCCCUGAAUCCAAAUCCGCCGGUGGGGCCAGAAUCUACACAAAUACGGUGUCCACAAUGUAAAUGCACAGUGAAGACGACUGUUAGAUAUCGGUCGACCACAAAAACUCAUUUGGCUUGUAUACUGCUUUCGUGGACUUGUUGUUGUUGCUGUUUGCCGUACUGUAUGAACUCAUGCCGAAAUGCGAAUCAUUUCUGCCCCAUGUGUGGCACAUUCAUAGGCACCUAUCAAUCUUAAGUGCGCAUAAAGAGUGCAGAAAAGGAGAGCUUACCAGUAAAACGUAUUAUCAACAUGCUUAUAUGAGUACGUUUGUGAACAUUUUAUUAUAAAUAAACAGUCAUAUAUUCAUUCCGUAUGUAUUCCUAUAU